UCGAGAUCGCCCUGCCGGAUGGCCUGGGGCCCUGGAGCGAGGAGGCGGAGCGGCUCCUCGGCAGCUGCUCUCUGCAUGUGGGCCUGGCCGACGUGAAGGACUGCUUCCACAGGUUGCGACUUCCUGGAUGGCCCUCCGAGUACUUCUGCCUACCCGUCGUGCCCGCGUAUUUGCUGGGCGUGGAAGGCGAGAUCUGGGAAGGCAGGACUCUGGAGAGGCACGAUAUGGUGAGUCCCUGCUGGGCCGUCUUUCCGAUGGGUUUCACGUGGGGCUCGCGGGCUGCCCAGCGGAUCAACGAGUACCAGGCGAGUUCCCUCUGCCCGCAGCUGCGCGAGAGCCCCCUCUCUGACCGUGGCAGGCCCCCCAUCUUCGGCCCCGGCGUCCCCAAGGGCCACGUCUCGCACUACGCGUACGUCGACAACCUGGGGGUGGCCUCCACCGACCAGCCCAUCGUCACCGAUGCGAUCGCGCAGCUGGUUGAGGGCUUCGACCAGCGCGGCCUCCUCCUCCACGGCAGCUCCGUGGGCACAAAGGUCGAGACGCUGGGCACCGAGGUUUCGGGGGCCCUCUGGAGGACGAGAGUGACGCAGAAGCGGUUCUGGCUCAUUCGACAGGCCCUGAACGGCCUCCUGCGACGCCGCCGCCUCUCAGGCUGGGCGGUCGAGGUCCUGGUGGGCCACUGCACGUUUGCGGGAUUGCUGAGCAGGGGUACGUUGAGCGUAUUCCACACGGUCUAUGCCUUCAUGCGGAAGUCAUACGCCGAGCCUAGCGUGCUGUGGCACGAGGCCCGCCAGGAGCUCGAGACGUCCCGAGGCCUCCUUAUCUUCUUGGAUAGCGAUUGGACGCUGCAGCGUAACGAUCUGGUGGUGGCGACCGACAGCAGCUUGGAGGCAGGAGCUGUCUCGACCACCCGGUGGCCUCGUUCGCUGGUGGCCGAGGUGGGCCGCGUGCAGGUGCCCGCCACGGCCCUGGCGAGCAGCCGCUGGCGCACCAAGCAGGUGCAGCGCUGGCGGUUCGAGGGGGGCAUCCUUAUUAAGGACUGGAGGGCCAGGCUGAGCUUGGCCGAGCUGUCGCCAGCGCCCAAACUGCCCAGGCACGAGCGCGACCUCCAAGCCCUCCCCCAGGACUGGUCGCACCCGAUCGUGGCCGGCAGCGUCGACGGCGGCAGCACCUCCGACGAUCAGCAGGCGAUGGUCGGCUACGUGAACCAUCUGUCCUUCGAGGGCCCCGAGAACGCCAAGGGCUGUCAGGAGAGGGCAGGCCUCAUGUACUGGUUCGGGGAGUUCUCGAGGCAGGGCAAAGCCAGGGCACCUCGGGCGUGGAGGGGCCUCCAGGGGUGGCGCAGGCUGGCGCCCCGGCGGGGCCGCCGCGCAAGGCCGUUGGCCCUCAGGUGCGGGCCCGCCUGGCGCAUGGGGGUGCGGAAUGUGCUGCCGAUGGCGGUGUUCCUGCUCGCGAUGGUCUCCGGCUAUCUCUGGCCCAGUCGUCGGCUGAAGUUGGCGAGAGGCAACAUCAUCGCGCCUGCGAUGGGAGAGCGCCGUCGGCGGUCGCUGCUGCUGUUGCUGGACAACAG